AUGAGAGCUAGUCCUAAUCAACCACCAUAGUCAAAUGGCUUCACUCGUAACUAUGCUUAGUUCUUUGGCUUAGAUAGAGAAUAAGUGUCUCCAGAUAUAUCAAAGCAGGCAAAGGAUUAUUCUGCGCAAUCUCCAUCGGUAUUCAACAAUUCAGCUUAAAUGAGUCUGAAACGACUUAACUAAAAAGGAGCUAUGAACUCUGGCACCGAUGAACCCUACAGAAUAAGAACCAACCUGAGGAGAAAUCCUGAGUUCCAAGUAAACCUAAAUAACUUUUGGGGAUAACCGAUUCCUGAAAAUGCAUAGUUUUAAAGAAAUGAGAAGUAGUUCUUCAAAGUUUAAUCAAAUCAAUAAGCUGGCAGACCAUUCUAGUUUAAGAACAAUCUUUCAAAGAAUGCAGGCAAUGUAAUUAAUGAUGUUAAAAAAAUGACUUCAAUACCAAACGCUAACAUUAGUAAAUCAGUAGACAUGAAUGGGCAAAACUAUAAUAAGGAUGUUAAGAAAUUCUUUGGUAUUCCAAGCACUCAUUACUAAAAAGAUUAGCCAUUAAAUUAGGAACAGUUGAAAUAAUUUGAGGGAGUCAGCUAAUAGGCGAUUAUUGAUUAAACAUUUGAAAAGAAUAGAAAAGCCUUCUUUAACGCUUAUACUCCAGAUCCUAAUCAAAAGUUAAAGUUAAAAGCCUAAGCCCAGAAAUUUGAGCAAUACUUAAACAAGAAAAACUAUGACGAGGAGAGAAAAAUUGAUAGCAAAGCUAGUUCGUAUAUCGCAGCUAAACAUCGAUUCUUUGGUUUGGAAAGCGACAAUUCAUACAACAAAAACGCUAAGAUAUUCUACGGGUUCGAUAAUAAUCCAGACAAAUCAGUUUCAACUUUUAAUGAAAGCAAGUAAAACCUUAAUACAUCUGCUACUGUGCUUGGAAGACCAAAGGACUAUUCCAACUUCUAUUAAACUAAGAAUAAGGUAGUAUCACUAGCUAAGGUGAAUUAUGAUCCUCAACCAGGUAGCACAUACAAUAUAAUAACAGGUGUGAUUCAAAGGAAAGAAUGA